AUGGCUUAUUCUCAUGGUCUCCUCCAACCUCUUCACUCCACUCUCAUCUUUCCUAAGCCAAUAAUAAGUUUUCGUCUCAUUCAUUUCUCAUCUUCCCUCAAACCCUUUCUCUCGAAAAGGCACAAUCUCUCAAAAUCAUUGACUCUCCCUUGUGCACUUACGGAAUCAGAUUCUUCUAAACCCUUAGACACAAGCUCCAAAUCAGCCCUUCUCCUACAACUCUCCAAGUGUUUCGAUCUUCCAUCCGAUUACUUCCAGCAGCUACCAGCUGACCUUCGUCUCGAUUUAAAUGAUGCUGCUUUUGAUCUCUCCAAUGGACCCAUCAUCCAUGAGUGUGGUCAAGAGCUUGGGGAGACCUUACUGAAUCUGUCCCGUGCUUGGGAACAGGCUGACACAUCGGCUUCUCGUAGUUUAGUAGCGAAACUUCCAGAGCUGGAAACUUCAUUAACAGAUGGUGCCAGAUCAGCCUUUGGGAGGCGUCUGAUAUCUGCGGGGAAAAGGUUCCAGGGCAUGGGACAAUAUGGUCAAGGUGACUUACAGAAGAUUGCUAAAACGAUGAUUACAAUUGGCGAGGUCCUUUCUGCAAGUACAUCAUCGGUUUCAGUUAGUACUGAAUCUAAAUCAGAAACAAGGAUGUUUAAGUUUGGGGACCUUCAGGUUGCUGUGAGUCCACAGAAAGCCUACGCCGGAGCUGCCAUUGCAUUCGUAUAUGGGAUACUUUCAUGGCAAAUUAGUCAGGGGAUCCAAAACAUACCAGAGAGCUCUUUGCAGUAUGCAAAUGACAAUGCAACGUUACUUGGACAGUCUCUGAGAGGGUCUCUUCUAGCCCUGUUUUAUGCGUCAACCGUCUUGUCAGGCUUCACAACAGCUGGGCUUCUCCUACUUGCUAAGCAACUUUCAUCAGAGAAAGAGUGA